AUGAAGGCCUCCGACAGCGGCGCCGCCCCGCUGCCCCUCCUGCUCGCCCUCGCCAAGGGCCUCCCGUCUGCUGCAUUCCUCACCCUCUACCACAACAUCGAUGCGGCGUCCUUUGGACUCCUCAUCGUGCCGGCGGCGGCCGACCUUCCUAUCAGCUCUGGCAUCCCAAUCUAUCUGCUCUCUGUCGUUGCGGGACAGGUCGGCUUCCUGCUUGCAUCGCGCUUCUCGUCCGCAUGUGGCGGAGCAACCAUCGAGCUGGUGCCACUGCUGGCGCCGCUCGCGUCGUGCGUCGGCAUCGACCAAUCCGGCCUGUCGUCACGCACGGCUCGCGCGUCGACCCUGCUCGCCCUGCUCUCGUGCACCUCCCUCCUGAUCGCGAUUGCGUACUUUGUGAUUGCGCGCUUCAAGCUGGGCCGCCUGCUGCGCUGCAUCCCCCUCAUUGUCCUCAAGGCGGCGCUCACCGGGGUCGGCGUGUACAUGGUGGUAGAGGCGAUCAAGAUGGGGGUGGCAUGGAAAGAGGAAGGAGGCAUGAGCGAAGGUGAGACCACCGUCUUCCUGACCGAGACGGCACGCGCUGGGAGCCAGCUCUUUGGCCCCCCCGCGCGCCCCCUCCUCCUCGCCACGCUCCUCACGCUAGCCGGCUACAUCAUCGUCAAGAAGCUCGGCUUCUCGCAGUCGCAGUCGCUCGGCUACCUCGCCGCGGUCGCCAUCGCCAUAAACGCCCUCACCCUCGGCGGCGUCUGCUGCAGCGCGGCCCCAGGCGUCCGUGAUCCCGGAUGGUACUUUGGAGGGGACGAAGAGGGCGAGGCGCAGGCGUCAGCGCUCGGGCUUCUCGCAGAGUUUCGCCCGUCCGAGGUCUCGCUCCCGGUGCUUGCGACGGCGCUCCCGUACAUGCUCUCCUGCGUCGCGAUGCACGCCAUCGUGGCUGUCACAGACAUGGUCUCGCUCGAGGCCAUCGCCUCUUCUUCCGGCGACGGGCCCGCUGUCACGCUCGACCUGAAUCACGAGAUCGGUGCCACCGCAGUCGCCAACCUGCUCGCGGCGGCCGUGGGGGCCAUGCCCAACUACCUUCAGCUGACGCCUUCGCUAAUCUGCUUCCGCCUGGCCGGGUCGUCCGGAAGCCGCGCUGGCCCUCUCAUCGCCGUCUUCACCGCCGCCUCGCUGUGGGCCGUCUCGCCUAUCGUGUCUGUCCUGCCGCGGUGCGUGGUCGCCGCGUUCAUGCUCGAGAUGGGUAUCGACUUCGUCCUCGAGACGGGAAUCCGCACCUUCACCGUGACGACCGACCCCGUCGACCAGGUGCUGAUUAUCAUCGUCCCGACGGUGAUGCUCCUCGGUGGCUUCUUGCCCGGUAUCCGCAUCGGCCUGCUCGUGGCGCUGGCCAACUUUGUCGUCAAGUAUUCGGCCGCACCGAUUGUCCGCUUCCAGCAGACGGGUGGCGUGCUUCGCUCCAACACCGUACGGCCCCGCGAGCACCAGCUCGUGCUCGACGAGCGCGCGAGUCACUCCAUCUCCAUAAUCUCUUUGCAGGGCUUCGUCAUGUUUGGGUCGGCGCCGCAGCUUUCCGACGCACUCGACAACUGCCUCGCGAGGCGCGCGCGCUGUCCCGCGCAGCACCUGCACACCCCGCCAUGGUUCGUCAUCGUCGAUGCGCGGGCAGUCAAGGGGUGCGACUUCGGGGCGCUCCAGGACCUGGAGAAGAUGCGAAAGGCCGUCGUCGCAGAGGGCGGCAUCUUCCGCGUCGCCCAGCCGCCACCGCCCGUCGCCCACGCGAUCGAGCGAGCGCUGGAGGGCAGCAUGGGUGAGCUCGCAUCCUUCAACGCAACCCUUCAUAUGGCCGAGGACGCCGUCAUCGCCGCGCACGCAGCUCCAAUGACGCAGGCCCACCGCGAGUCGCUUGGAGCGACCGCUGCGCGAGCCUUUCUCAGGUCGACAAAUCCGGAGGCCAGGAAGCGCGAUGUGGAGGCGAACUCGACGCCGCCGACUGCAGGCGGGCCAGGCCUUGACACCACGCGGGUGGGCAAUCACGAGGCGGUCCUGAAUGUGCUGACGAGCCACACGCCACAGGUGGAGUCGACGCACGUGGCCCACGCGGAGGCGCUGCUUUCGCUCGGCAAGACGCGUGCUGUGGCCGCGGGGGAGCAGCUAUGGGGCGUGACGGACCAGCCGAGCUUCUGGGUGGUCGUCCUCGAGGGGCAGCUCGAGACGCGGCGGCACGGGUACACGAUCGAAGAGCUGGUCGCCGGCUCGGCGUGCGGCUUCCUCUUCUUACUCGUGAAGGGCAGGCAACGCGAGACGGACCUGGUCGCGGUGCAAGCCUCGCGCGCGCUCCUCGUGACGGCGGAGGCCAUGGGAACGAUCGAAAGUGCGCACCCAGCGCUCUACAAGACCCUCGUCGACGCGUUCGUCGCAAAGGCAGCCGCAGAGUACCGUCACUGGAUUCGACACACGUCGGUGCUCGAGGCUCGCACGGCGGAUGCGGACGUGUCGCAAGCUGCGAACGUGGAGGUCGACCGCCUAUCGCCAGCGCAGCUGUGCGCCAUCAUCGAGGCGCAGGCGGGCGCGAGCGCCGCCGCGCUGCGCGUGGCGGAGGAGCACGCCGCUCGGCUCGUGGAGCAGCCCGAGUGGGUGCUCUCCGAGGCACUAGCCAACGGCUUCGAGGCGGUCGCCGACACGUCCACCCACAUCGGCAUGGUCGAGUUCGAGCAGAUGUACGCCCUGCCCGAGCGCAACUUGACCGACCUCAACGGCAUCGAGCAGUUGUGCGAUUGUGUCGACGCGCGGGAGGCCGCAGGCGACAACGCAGAGGAGCUGCUGCGCGCGCUGCAGCUGGAGCGCGGGAUUGAGCUGCACGAGGAUGUGGUGGAGUUGGCGCUGCUGCGCCGCCAGCUUCGCAUCCCGAAGGAAAAGCGGCGCGCAGCAAUGGUGGCGGCUGGCAUGAUUCGCCAGCACGACGCGAUGAACGGCGUGGCGGGGGUGGCGAGGCGCGGCAUCCGGGCCGGAGCUCGCGAGGGCGCGGCGGGCGCUCAGACGAAGGUCCGGGAAUUUCACCACCAGCGCUCGGCCUCACAGGGCAAGGAGCGGUACCAAAAGCUGCUCGACGAGGCGCCGGCCGAGGCGGCGAGCGUGACGAACAAGCUGUACCUGGAGCUGGCAGGCUACUCCGUUUACCAGGAGGCGAUCGAGGAUGCGGCCGCGUGCGCGUCGUGCGACCCCUCCAGGAAGCAACGUCCGUUUACUGGAGAGCGGCUCGCGUACGACAUCGACAAGGUGCUCGACCGGCACGCGCUGUGCCCGGCGUCGAGCUCGGCCAAGAUCGCGUGCGUCUUUGGCCAGGCCGAGAUUCAGGCCAUGAUCCGCCGCCGCUCCUCCGACUUCGGCACCUACACGCAGAAGAAGGCGGCGCGGGAGGGGAACGCUGCCUGCCGCGCUUGCUACUCGCGCUGGGAGUGCGCCCACGACGCGUGGGCGGCGGCGCACGGCACCUGGGAGGCGGCACGCGACGCGGCGCAGGCGGCGCGGGGCGAGUUCUUGGAUCCGGAGCCGGGACGCCCCUCCCCUCCGGCAGGCACGCCCCAGACGCACUCCUUCCUGAUGGACGUUGGCGACAAGGCGGAGCUGCGCGCGGGAGCGGGCCGGUCCCUGCUUGGGGCGCUGGAGAGCUGCGAUGUCGGGCGUGGCGUGGCGGAGUACUUGACGGUGAUCGGCCGCGACCAAUUGCCAUUCAACAACGAGGUCCGCCCGCGCGCCAAGAGCUCUUCCGAGCGGUACGGCGCACAGCAGGGCAAGCCGAAUGUGGUCGGCAAAAUCCUCAAUCGCAUCACGAACAAAAAUUACGGCGACAAGACCUGCAACAAGUCUACGCGAGUGAGGCUCGCAGCGCUGGCGCGGCGGCGGCGGGAGGAGGAGGGCGAGGAGGAGGGUGAGGAGGAGGGGGGCGGCGGCGAGGAGGCGGAGGCCGACGACUGCGACGAGGACGAGUGGCUGCUAUGCUACGGCUACUACAUCUCGCUCUGCUACGACGGCCCUUGGUGCGGCCACGAGCUCGUCGUAUCGAGGCUCAACGACACCGAUCCCGCCGCCAAGCGGGCCGCUGCGAAGUGGCUCGAGAUUCUCCGCAGUGGGCCGCUGCACAAGUACUCGUACUUCCGCGGUUCGCGGGAGUAG